AUGGCUUCAUGGUCCACUCUGCUGAUCAAUGAAAAAAACGGCAUCGUUUUUCCCUUCUACACCUUUGAAGAAACCGUUGAGCAAUCUCUUGACCCGUUCUGCGAUUACUGCAAAUUCAGUGGAUGGGGUCAUCAUUUUGUAUCUAAAAGAAAGUAUCAUCUGAUUAUUCCUGAAGUUGAUUAUUGGAAAAAGCCAUUGAAGGACAACUUCUUGGAUGUUCGAACUCAUAUUUUGUACGGUUUGAUCCAUUGCAACGGGUAUGGACAUCUGAUUUGCAUCAAUGGAGUCAAAGCGGCAUCCAAUUUUCUCAGUGAAACUGAUGCUAUGAACCUAUGGGAUCGAAUUUGCUCAACACUUUGCACCAGGAAAGUUUCAGUGCGGGAUGAAAUAAAUCUGAGAUUGUUGUAUGUUGUUGGAUAUGGGCAGAGUUGGUACGGUAAGUGGGGCUACAAAUUUAGCCAUGGAACUUUUGGAGUUAGGAAGGGCAAGUAUGAGUCGGCAGUUGAGUAUAUGAGGUCAUUAAACCUUGAUGCGAUUAUUUCUGAUUUCGAGAAUAAAAGCAAAGGAAGAAGAAUUAAGCAGAUUAUCAUUAAGUAUAGAGGCGUGGUGGAUAUUCCGUUGAUUACCUUAAGUGAUUUGUUGAAGUUCAUGCUUGGAUUUGGAGGGCGAGCUCGAGUACAGGGAAAAACAGAGAACAAAGUGGUUAAAAGUAGUUGCCAACAUGUUUUAAAGAGGAGGGACAAUGCAGAGCCAAUAAGUUUUGAUGCACUUGUGACUUCAAUAGCUAACAGCUGUAGGUGGCCAGCAAGGAGGGUCGAGCAUGUGCUAAAGCAAAUUGUGAAUCUGCUGAAACAAAAUAAGGGGGGUUGUGAUGGAAAUUAUGGGGUUUCCAGGUAUGAAAUGCGUGAAGAGCUACGAAAAUGUGUUGGAGAUACAGGUUUGAUUGAUUUUGUGCUCAAAUCUGUCACCUGCUUUGCAAUAGGCAAUUAUGUUGUUCGUCGUUCAGUUAAUUCAUCUACCAGAAGAUUCGAAUUUAGCAUUCAAGAAGUUCUUGAAAAGGCUGAACCAGAUUGCCGGUGGCCUGAAGAAAGAGCAGAGCAUGCAUCAGAGGUAACUGCCAAUAUUUUGACAGAAAAUAGCGAUGAGGAGAGUACCGUGCCAUGGAGAGAGUUGCAGGACAAGGCUAGGGAGUGCUUGGGUGAAACUCAGCCGAUUGAUUGUGUGGUACAUUCAAUGGAUAAUCCCAUGAUUAGAAACCAAAGCAUUUCUCGAACAAAAAAUCCAUCGACCAAAAAGUUUGAACUCCCAAUUCAAGGCUUGAUUAAAGAUGCACAGAAUGACACUAUGGAAUGCAGUGUGGCUGAGGAUGCUCUGUACUUGUACAGGAGUGUGCUAUUUGGUUACAGAGAUACUCAUCCAGUAAAUUUGGCAACUAAGGCUAUCAUGGAUUCCAAGUAUUUUGUGAAAGAAUGGUGUUUUAAGGAACAUAAUUUGGAUCCAUUAAUUGCACUAUCAUGCCUAUUCCUUCCUAGUUUUGAUGAGUUAGAGACAGAACUGAUGAGGCCUUUAUCACCAGCUGCAGUAGUUGUUGUACCUCUUUCUAGUACCAUAGGUGAACUGAAAGUUGUUGCUCAAGCUGCAUUCAGGGAUACAUAUUGCAUUAUGGACAAAUUUGUAGCGAGUCAAAUUGGAGGCCUGAAGAAAAUAGAUGAAAAUAAGGUGGUUUGUCAUAGCAUUGAGCCCAGUAGUCCUGUUUGGGUGAGGGGUUCAGGGCUGGACUUGGGAACAACACUGAGAUAUGAAGAUGGGGCUCAAAGAUUGACUGUGGACUGCUGCUGUGGGGCUAAAUUUGAUGAUGGGGAGAGAUUGGCAACUUGUGAAGUGUGCAAUGUGUCUCAGCAUACGAGGUGCAGUGGCAUUGCUGAUAAGGAGGAUGCACCCUCAGAUUUUCUGUGCUCAGAUUGUGUAGCUGUAUCACGUAGGAAAUAG